ACCAUGUAAACACAAGCGUGGUGUCAUUGAACUGAAAACAGUGUCGGAAUCUGAGUUCUUCAAACCCUAACAUUCAGAAACUAUGUAUCGUUUUUUCUCUUCUAUUCGCCAUGGCCGUGGAUCUUCUCUCAUAUCUCUUUUCGCACCGAAACCAUCGCUUCAAUUCAACGCUGCUCUGCCCCUUCACCGUUUGCCUCAAAUCGAAGGGCAUGUUAGAGGAUUUUCAAGCUCGAAUUUUAAUUGGAGGAGGAUUAAUAUGAGCAAGAACAUGAAUGAUCGUCGUUUUAUGCAGGAUAUAGAAGAUAAUAAUAACUCCAGAAUGUUGAAUAAAAUGAACCAGGAUCUGAAUGCUUAUCCAAACUUUAUUCAGAAUAGGGAGAACAUCAACCCCAGAAACUUGAAUAAUAUGGGUCAGAAUGUGAAUGCAAAUGCAGAUGCUCUUCCAGAUUUUAUGCAAGAUAAAGAGUUCAGAAGCGAGGAUAAUGCUGAGACUGGCUCGAACUCUAGGCCUAUGGACUUUGUAAGAGGAAUUAUAGAUGAAGAUAAUUUUAUGAGGGGUGCUACAUCUAUGCAUCUAUAUGAGACGGUUGCUGAUAUUGUUCAUAUAAAGAUGUUGCGUAAUAAUACCUUUGUUACUGUAACGGAUUCUAAAGGAAAUGUAAAACUCAGUGGCUCUGCUGGUUGCUUGAAAGACAUUAAAUCAGGGGGGCAAAAGUUUUCUAGGUAUGCUGAAGAGGCAACUGCCGAAGUUGUUGGCCGGAGGGCUAGGGCUUUGGGGUUGAAAUCUGUUGUUAUGAAAGUGAACGGAUUUACUCAUUUUAGGAGAAAAAGACAAGCAAUAUUGAGCUGGAGGGAAGGACUUACUGCCGAUUCUCGAGGGGAUAGAAGUCCAAUUGUAUUCGUCGAAGAUACCACUCGAAAACCCCAUAACGGUUGCAGGCUCCCAAAGAAACGACGAAUUUAGGUGACAUGGAUGAGGACAUUAGGUGCUGUUUUGGGCACAUGCUGAUAUUUUUAUGAAGCACAUUUCAUUAUGAUCAUAGUUAAGUGUAGAUUGUCCGUUUGCUGCCUGUUUGCGUUUUGUACAAUUUUGAAGAUUCAAUAACCAGAAUUUUCUGUAACAGUAUGUACUGAGUGGCUACUUUCAAUUGAAGGUUAAUGGGCUCAUAUUUGAUGA